CUAAUCACGUGAAUUUUAUUUCAAAAAUGACUAAAUAAGAUUUAGCCGAUUUUCUUAUUCGUGAAAUAAUUAAUGACAAAUUAAUAAUAAAUCAUUUAUUUUUUUAACUGUGAGAACAAUGGAGGCAAAUAAUUUACUUGAAAGUUACCUUUUAAAGAAUUAUGUUGACGAUCAUGAUUUUGAAUUGCCUUCUUAUUUAAAGGGAGUUUUUGAAGGAAAAUACGAAACAGUGUUUCAAACGGAAGAUUCUUCAUCCCUUAGAAAAUUAAUUUUAAACGUCGAAGAUAGGGACUUUGAAAAAGCAAUAAUCGCAGUCUUAACAUCAGAGCCAAUCAAAUAUUUAGAAUGGUUUGCAACAGGAAUAUCUUCCCUGCUUUAUUUUAUUCAACACAAUUGGACGGGUCCUCAGUCUCAAAGCAACACUGAUUUUUUCUCACGUAUACGCGAAAAAUGUUUAGAAGAUUUAUCAUUAGACGUCGAAUGCAAUGAAAAUAUGAUCAAGCCAGAAUUUUUAUAUCUUGCUAAGAUAAUUUUCUCUAGCAAAGAAUUACAGAACAUUUUCGAAUCUUCUAAGUGGUGGCUUCUCAGAGCAAACUUCGUCCAUCAACUAAUUCUGGAAGAAAUUUCAACACCAAUAUUCGAAGAAUCUGAAAAAUUGAUUGCAGAUAUUUCUCAGUCGAGUCUUUUAGAGAAUUCUUGGCUCAAAACACUUUUUCACUUGGAAGUAGCACAUUUUUAUUUGUAUUAUAAACGCAUCCAGAGUUCAGAUAAGCAUUUGGAAAUUGCUGAAAAUAGUGCAAAGUUGAAAUUGGAAUUGACAGGUGUUAUGGGAACUCGUACGAAAGAUCAACAAUUCGAAAACGCUCAAUUAUUUUUGAAAGUUGAGGUCGGAAAAGAUUUAUUUUCAUCGAGAAUUUGCGAUGAUAUGCCAGUUGCUCUGAGUUUAAACGAUGAUGUGAGAUUGGAGAAAAUAAAGAUUUCGGAGGAGGUGGAGAAUGUAGAGUUGGGUUGCCUGGAGGAAGCAGUUAUCCUGACUAAAUUUUUACAGCUUAAAGUUUCACAACCGAAACACGAUCUCACCACUGAGGAAAUUACAACUUACAUUGCAAGAGUGAUCGAAAGCACGAAGAACUGGGCUUUGAAAAUAUCAUCAUUGUAUCAACGAAGCAUGUUGGAGGCGAACCACAAGAGAACGAUCGAGCGAUCGCUAGUACAAAUCGAAUAUUUAAUUGACCAGUUGAAUGAUGAAAAAGUUGAGGUUUCGCAUCGGAUGGAUAUGUUUUUCGUUAGUGGUAUGAAACCCAUGUGGGCUUUCAGAGAAGCUCUUGCCGAUCAGAAACUCAACCUGGGACUCGUGAAAGGAGCUCUCGAUCUUUACAUAAAUCUUCAUCUAUGGGAAGAUGUUAUCCUUUGCUACACGAUCCUGAAUUUGAAGUCAAAGGCUGCCGAGAUCAUAAGACAAGAGAUCGAUAAGAAACCCACAGUGAAGUUGUGGUGUUUACUGGGAGAUGCAACAAACGAGGAAGAACAUUAUGAAACAGCUUGGAAAUUGUCUGAGGAAAAGAGUAGUCGUGCACAAAGACAUUGGGGGAUGUUUCACUUCCAUCAGAAAAACUACAAAGAAGCAGUGCCGCAUUUAAAACAAUCUGUGGAGUUAAACAACAUUCAAGAAGGUGUUUGGUCGAGACUUGGGUUUGCUUGUUUAGAGAUUGAAGAUUGGAAAUUGGCAGCAACGGCCUACAGAAGAUACUGCGAUUUAGAACAAUCGGAUUUCGAGGUCUGGAACAAUUUGGCAAAAGCCUACAUAAAAUUAGGCGAUAAACCAAGAGCUUAUCGAGCUCUCCAGGACGCAAUCAGGUGUAAUUAUGAUCGUUGGGAGGUUUGGGAUAAUUUAAUGGUAGUCAGCAUUGACUUGGGUCGAUUUCCCGAAGUGAUUCGUUGCUAUCACCGCAUUUUAGAAUUAAAAAGCCAACACUUGGACAUUCAGAUUCUCCGUAUUUUAACAAAAGCUAUUACCAAUGAUAUCAAAGACAACGAGGGAAAUUCCUCGAGAAAGGUUCUGCCAAAAGCCUUGGAACUUUUUGGUCGAAUUACCUCUUCCAUGUCUAACGAUUCUGAAGUAUGGACACUCUAUGCAGAGUUAAAUGCUUUAAGUGAAAACGAACUUAGUAAUCAAAAAACAGCACAGUAUUUGCAGAGAGCCUACCGUGCUGCCGUUUCUGAUCCAAAAUGGUUUCAAAGAGUUGAAUCGACGCAAACCGUUUUGGAAAUGUGUGUUAAAUUGGCACAAGCUAAUGAGCAUUGUUCUCGAAAUUGCUCGACUGCGCAAAAAAGAGCGAUGCUUGGAAGUGCCAAAUUGUCACUUCAAUCUGUUGUUAGGAAAGUUAAGGAUCAAGAAUUGAGUGAGCAAGUUGAAAUUGUAGAUAGGUUGCAAAUGGUUGAAGAAAGGUUGACAGUCAUCUCGGAGGAGUUGGAGAAAAUUAAAGAUUUAUAAAGAUGUUUAUUCUUUCUUUCUUAAUGAAAAUACAAAAUAUGAUUGCACAGAAAUAUUAGAGUAUUAUUAUUAUAGAGAAAAUUGAUCACUUUAGAAGUGAUUUAAGUAUGUAUUAUAACUUAUGGAUCAUAAAAAAAAAGGUAGUCAAGGCCGAGCGGGGCCUGGCGUCGUCAGGGUACUUUUUUUUUUAACGCCGGCGGCGUCAUGCCAUUUUUCUUGUCACGCGGAAAAGUGUUCCUGUUAUGAGGCAUCCAUAAACUACAUUAUCAAUUUCGGGCUUUUUUUACCUCCCUCUCCCGAAAGUAGCAUAGCCUUUGGCUAAAGGCGGAUUUUACAUUUAUAAAAUCUUUUAAAUAAAAUUAAAGUAGAUAUAUUGAAUUCAAUAGGAAACACUUUAAAGUAAAAGAGAUGAGUUUUCCAAAAAACAGUUAAAGAUUUAA